UCGGUUCUCAUUCGUUGCCUUUCAGUCAGUCAGCCCCUUUGACUUGAGCAAAGCAGUUAUUUUUACAUUCUCUCUGAGAUCUUUAUAAAUUUCGAAAAUUUCUUUGUACAAACUUACCUAAUUUCGCCAUGAAAAUCUUCGAAGGGAUCGCUCCGAUUGGAAAUUCUCGAGCAGUCACGAGGCAAUGGUAUUCUUCUGUACCUUCGGCUUCAGUAUCCUUGGCGUGAUAUUCCAUUUUAUAGAUUUCAUGAACCUUUUCUUCGGAGCGAUGCGUUUGGGGCCAAUCAGAAUCUUGACAAACAAAAACUUUUUAAUGCUGACAGCGUGGUUAUUAGUGAUAUACGCCAUGGUAUUUAUCAAGCCGUGUUUCGUAUAUCCCUAUCUUGGGCUUUCUGGCAUCAUCUUGACCAUCGAUUUGUUCGUCCUGGUAUUAGAUAUCGUGCGACGUGUCAGGAUAUCACUGGACCGCAAGGUGACCAUUUGGAAUAUGAUGCUCAACUUGUGCUUUGUUGUUUACGUACAGGCGAUCCUUAACAAACAGAAUUUUUAGUCAAGUUAUAGCCAAAAAAGCCAAUUUGAAAAUUUAGUUUGUUACAUAAAUUGUUUCCCAGAUUUUUUGUAAAAAAAAAUAAUCUGUAUUUUGAUCAAAUCAU